AUGAGCAGCAUCGUCAUUGGCACUCUGCUUUGGAUUUCUGUCCAACCCCUCAUACGCCUGCAAGCAUCCUUUUCUAGGUUCUUGUGCGUAGGAUGUGGAUUUGGAGUCACGAAGGCAGGCUUAUUACCCGCCGUGGCGGCACGCGGGAUAGGGCUAGUCAUCAUAAAUGUUACGACGCCAAACCUGAUGUUCUCGACAAUUGUACCGUCGUUCAACUCAUCAAACAUUACUGAACUCGGCCCCCUUGUUCUCGUCGCACUGAUCUAUAUGCUAAUCGGCAUAACACUGUCGUGGAUCAUCAAGCAACUCUUUUGGGUUCCUCACAGAUUCCGCCAUGGAAUUCUUGUGGCUGGAGGGUGGGCAAAUAUCGGUGACGUCCCUAUCUCUGUGGCCCUGAGCGUAAUGGCGUCAGCUCCUUUCAAUGGAACUGAUGACGAGAACCUGGCAGUGAGCUACAUCGCUGUUUUUCUGCUGGUAUGGUCCGUCACACUGUUUCCUCUUGGCGGACACCGGUGUGUCAUGAUGGAUUUCGAAGGUCCUGACUUGGAAAAUGAUGAAGUCAAGGAGAGGCUGAGCACCAAACACUCGAAGAUUCUGUCGAGACUAGCUGCUGUAUUCCUGCACCUCAGGCAGAUCUUUCUCUUUAACCAUCCACCAGUCAAGGAAAUCCAUACCGAAGUCGGUCAAAAUAGCGGCGAAAAAGAAACUCCUCGUGUGACAUUUACACAUGAGGACUCUGUCACUACGUGUUAUAGACCGUCAGAGCAGGAAGAAAUCGGAGUCUUGACAUUGACGAACGAACAUAUGCUGCCCCCCAAGUUUCUGGAUCCUACUUCUCCCUCACUUACAUCCGUACAGCCCGGUCCCCUUUUGACUGACGGAGCCGAGAAAGUCUCCACAACCACCGGUCCUCCUGACUCCAUCACUGGGCACGUCACGGUGGCGCAUGCUCAUUGGUUUCACAAGUUUAUCAGCCUGGCCUUUGGAUUCCUGCGAUCCCUCCUGACUCCCCCGUCUUUGUCGAUCAUCGUCUCAUUCAUCAUUGCCAUUAUUCCUUCAUUGAAGGCACUUUUUGUUCCAGGCGUUCCUGGCACGCAUAUACCUUCAGCGCCCGAUGGCCAACCUCCACUCGCACUUAUCAUGAAGACGGCCACCUUCAUUAGUGGUGCGUCAGUACCGAUGGGUUUGAUUACCCUUGGGUCUGCUCUUGCCAGACUAAGCAUCCCGCUAAACCAAUUGAGCUCUCUCCCUCUCGGUGCCAUCGGGAGUUUGGCUGUUGGCAGACUCGUUGUGAUGCCCGUUCUGGGCAUCCUUAUUUGCCAGCAGUUCACACAUAUCGGACUAAUAGAUCCCUCCAACAAUGUCCUCAGAUUCGUCUGCAUCCUCUUGUCGGGCUUGCCCACCGCGACCACAAUGGUGUUUCUGACUCAGGUGUACUCUGGGACAGGUAAUGCUGAGCAUUUGUCAGCAUUUCUGAUACCCCAGUACAUCAUCAUGUUCGUAUCGAUGACAGCCAUCACUUCCUUCACACUUCAUAUUCUCUUUGGAUGACGCCCCUGGAGCAGGGAUGUAUGAAUCACGUUAUGCGCGGGUUUAGAUCAUGACGACCGAUAAAUGAAUGCCCUUUGUCCUGGCAGGUCGGAUAGAACAAGAGACAAAGAACAAUUAUAUACUGUAUAUACGAUGUAGGAUAUAUUUGGAGCACCUGAAACUGUAUGUACA